CAAUCCAUUGGUUCAACCCCUUUCCCUGAACCUUACCUAAGUCGCCGUUGAUGAUCAAUUCCUCACCUCUCGCAGCGGUGAUGUGAUCGUGUCUCUGUAAGAAGAAGAAGACGGUGAAACGCUUCGUUUCGAGAAUCAAUUAGAAUAAAACAAUGCGGUCUUCUUCUUCGGACAGGAUCAACAUCGCUGCCAGUGCUCAGAAACUCGAUGUUGAUAAUCGAAUCUCUCUCCGUUUCUACUACCGCAUCGCCGAUAACAUCCUCCGACAGGCUGACAUAUUUCGUGCAGAGAAGAAUAUUAUUGACCUAUAUGUCAUGCUUCUAAGAUUUUCUAGUUUGGCCACUGAGACAAUACCACGUCACCGAGAUUAUAGAUCAUCUCCACAAAUCAAGAAAGAAUCGUUGAAAAAGAAAUUGUUAAUUUCUUUGAAUGAACUGGAGAAGUUGAAGCCAGGAGUCCAACAGAAGAUCAAUGAACUCAACAGCAAACAUGCAUACCAACCAAAUGGGCAGGGAAAAUUUAAUUCAAAUAAUUCACUUGAUUUCGCACCUGUGAAAAAGCAAACUUUGGGUAGUAAUGGCCAAAUAAAGGCAGUCAGACCAUCUGCUGGGGAGCUUGUUUACCAAGGAUCAAGGAGCCAACAGUUCUCUUAUGGCAGGCCUGUGGGAGAGCAUGCACGGAGACUAUGUCUAACUCUUCCACCUCCAAAGGAGGAAACUCUUUCUAGACAUUCUAUCCUUGGUCCCAAUGGGCUUAAUGGGCAGUGGAGACCACCAACGACUGAUAAAGGGGUCAGGUAUCCAACCAACAUAGAUCUUUCUCCAGUUAAAAUACCAAGCCUAGUAAAUCCCCUGGAAGAUGAAUCUCUGAAUAAAAAAGAUAAUAACAUUGCCGAACACAGUAAAUCAGAUUUUGAUUCAAUUCUUAUCCAAAGUGAGGACUGCCAGCCCCAGCCUCAGCCUCAGCCUCAGCAUGAUCAGGAGCCUCCUUCUCUUAUUUCUUUUGAAACAACAGAAACCUCUGCUCAAAUAGAAGUUAUCAGACAGCCUUCUCCUCCACCUGUACUUGCUGAAGUCCAAGAUUUGUUCCCUGCAGUGUCACUUCUUGUUAAUGAAGCAGAAUGCAAGACAGAAAUUCCAUCAUCAGAUGGCUCUGUUAAUGCUGAGUCCCCUCUCCAACUGCACAUUUCAACUGCUUUGAUGGAGAGUUUUAUGAAGCUUGCCAAGUCGAAUACCAAAAGAAAUUUAGAGACUUGUGGUGUCCUUGCUGGUUUGCUAAAAAACAGAAAAUUCUAUAUUACUGCCCUUAUAAUCCCAAAGCAGGAGUCAACUUCAGAUUCUUGUCAGACUACAAAUGAAGAGGAAAUAUUUGAAGUGCAGGACAAACGAUCCCUUUUCCCCCUUGGGUGGAUCCAUACACAUCCUACGCAAUCUUGUUUCAUGUCAUCAAUUGAUCUGCACACUCAUUACUCCUAUCAGAUUAUGCUGCCAGAAGCUGUUGCAAUAGUCAUGGCGCCAAGAGAUAGUUCAAGAAACCAUGGCAUUUUUCGGUUGACAGCCCCUGGUGGAAUGUCUGUCAUUAAACAAUGCCAGCAACGUGGCUUUCAUCCACAUAAUCAGCCUCCAGAUGGUGGUCCUAUUUACAAGACCUGUACAGAUGUUUAUAUGAACCCAGACUUAAAAUUUGAUGUCAUUGAUCUUCGAUGAUAAGAGUUAUGCCCCCUUUCAUUGUUUAUAUACCAUGCUUUCUCCUAUAUAGUUUUUACUCUUUCCAUUAAUUCAGCCGUGGCCGUAAAACAUGUCCCGGCUCUGUUUGUCAAAAGAAAUCUUGCUCGUUUGCUGUUUAUUCUUUGGCUUACACUCAUUUUAAUUAACUAUUAAUCGCUGCGCUGCAUGCAUGGUCAUUUGUACUAUAAUAUCAAAUUGUUUUGCAAAC